UCUAUGAUUUGAAGACAGCACAUAUGCUCAUCAGCAUUAAAACGUGGAUCAUUUAGAAGCCGCUUCUUAAGUGAUUUGUUUAUUAAUUGGCUGUUUAUCUAAUAUUUUUAAUUAUUGUAGUACAUCUUUAUUUUUAAAUUUGUAAACCCUAGCUUCUUAUAACUAUGGAUGAUAAGAAGCCAUUCAUUGCCCCUGAGAUUCAGGAUAAUCCAAAAGGAUGGGGACCUAGUUCAAUAGCUGAAGCUUACAAAGAUAUGCCUUACCAGCCCUUCUCUAAAUCAGAUAGACUUGGAAAGAUUGCUGAUUGGACUAAUCAAACUUAUGCUGAUAAACGUAUGGCUAGUAAAUAUGCUUCACAAUUCGGAAUCGGAGCUCAAUAUGCUUACAUUCAAGAGGAUGAUGAAAGCUCAUUCCAGUUGGUUGAUGCCGGCAGAGGAACUACUAAAGUUCAAAGAGGUAAACUUAAGAUUGGUCAAAGAGUUCGACCUCGAGGAGGUAAAGCUGGACCUGGUGGAAUGCAAGUAUUAUCUAAAGGUCUUAGAGGCACUGGUCGAGGUAUGGGUGGUCAAACUAGGGGUAAUAAAUGGCCUACAAAGAAUGCUGGUAUGAAGGGUAGAUACGAUCAAAAGGGUGCUGCUGCUAUGAAGAAAAGGGAAGCUUCUGUUGCUAUUAAAUCUACAUGGAAGAUAAUUGAAGAAAUGGACUUUCCUAGAUUAGGAAAACUAUCUUUACCUGCGGUUAUCGAACCUAAAGAUAUAAAAAUGUGCGGAGCAAUGGACUUCUAUGAUAAGACGUACGAUCGAGUAACCUGUAAAAAUGAAAAAAGAUUAAUUAGAGUAAACAGAAUCUUCCACAAAGUUACGACAACUGAUGAUCCAAUCAUCCGUCAAUUAUCUAAAACCGAAGGAAAUAUUUAUGCCACUGAUGCCAUUGUUGCAACAUUAAUGUGUGCCACUCGGUCUGUCAUUUCAUGGGAUUUACUUGUUCAAAAAGUUGGAGAUAAAUUAUUUUUUGAUAAAAGAGAUGACCCCGAUCUUGAUCUGCUUACUGUUAACGAAACAGCUGCUGAUCCACCGUAUUAUGACGAAGAUAACAAAAACAGUAUCAAUUGGCCUAAAAAUCUUGCUCUAGAGGCUACUUUCAUCAAUCAUAACUUUUCUCAGCAAGUUCUUAAACAAGGAGAAGAACGUUAUGAAUUCCCUGAGAAAAAUCCGUUUAUAUCAGAAGAUGAAGAAAUUGAACAAGUAGCCUCUGUUGGUUAUCGUUAUCGUAAAUUUGAUCUUGGCGAUGGUAUUGAACUUAUAUGUCGAUGUGAACAUGACGCUGUUUAUGGAUCUAAUAAAAAUGAAAUUCAAUUCAUGAACAUUAAAGCUCUAAAUGAGUGGGAUUCAAGAUUUUCAGGUGGAAUCGAUUGGCGUCAAAAAUUGGAUGUUCAAAGAGGAGCUGUUUUAGCCAAUGAAUUGAAAAAUAAUUCAUGUAAACUUGGAAAAUGGACUGUUCAGGCUCUUCUUGCUGGCUCUGACUAUCUUAAAUUCGGUUACGUUUCUCGAGUCCACGCUCGUGAUAGUACUAAACAUUCAAUCCUUGGUACUCAACAGUUCAAGCCAAAAGAAUUCGCAGACCAAAUCAACUUAAACAUGGAUAAUGCUUGGGGUGUCUUGCGUUAUAUUAUCGAUACAUGUAUGAAGCUACCCGAAGGAAAAUACCUUAUCCUUAAAGAUCCAAACAAGCCAGCUUUACUUUUGUACGAUAUUCCAAACGAUACUUUUGAAACUGAUGAUGGGGAAAGUGGAUCUGGCGAUGAUGACGACAACGGACUUGACAAUUAAUGAUCUUCCCUGUUCUAAUUUAUCAUCUUCAUUUCCUUUUUGUGUAAAACGAUGAUAAUAUAAAUUAACAAAUUGAUUUCAAAUCUUAAA